GCUGGACACAGAACACGAACAAAAAAAUGUAUUUGGAUAUUGGGAACUCCCUCCCAGUUUGGUAUCUCUAUAUACACCUUACCUUAGCAUGGCGCAGAAGCCUCCACAGCGAAUUGACGCGCCGGCACCAGGGGCGAACCCGGCAACGUUCAUUUUCUUACAUGGGUUUGGAGACGAUGCCGAUGGCUGGACAAAUAUCGCGCAGCAGUUCCACGCAGCCAACAAGUUGCCGCACCUGAGUUGGGUCUUCCCCAACGCGCCGCACAACCACGAGGCGAUGACGGCCGCCUGGUACACACCGACGUCCUUCUCGCCCAUCCCGGUGGGGCGUUCCUCGGGCGGUGCGGGCCCUGCCGCGACGGAAGAGGCGGAUGAGGCCGAGCACGAGAUCCUUAGUAGUGUGGAGUACGUGUGUGGGCUUGUUGACGACGAGGUCGCGCGCGGCGUCCCGCUGAGGCGGAUCGUGGUCGGAGGCUUCAGCCAGGGCUGCGCCGUCAGCUUGGUUGCCGGGCUGGCGAGCAGGUAUCAGGGCCGGCUGGGCGCGGUGGUGGGGCUAUCAGGGUAUCUACCGACGGGAGAGAAGAUCGCGGAAGGGCGGAAACGCUACGAGAAGGGCGGAGAGGGAGGAAUGAAGGUCUUCCUGGCUCAUGGCACCAAGGAUAUGCUGGUUCCUAUGAGAGUCUAUCGGGACACGAAGGCUAGGGUUGCCCAGACUGUUGGAGAGGAGAUGCUGGAAACACAUGAGUACGAGGGGAUGGGUCAUGUAGCAAGCGGUCCUGAGUUUAGGGAUAUGUCUGAGUUCUUAGAAAAGGUAGUGCCAGCAUGA